GCGGGCAGGCGGCACACCGAAUGUCACCCCCCUCAGUGAUGACACCCAUGGCGGACCGCCCCCACCGCACCCCUUCCUCUGCCCCUCUGUGCUGCUUCAGUAAAUCCUGGUGUUUUGCAUUUCCUUCCAAGCCAAAAUCUGUAGGUUGCAUAUAAUAAUCUUGUUUGGAAAUACAUUGGUUUGGAUACUCUUAAAACAAGGCUUCAUGAAAUUCAGAGUCUCCUAUGUCAUCAUAAAGGGUUGCAUUAAUUAAUUUGCAGGGCACAGUACCACAUAAAGAGGUGGCCAAGCAUUGCUUUGUUGUCUUGGGAUUAAUGGGGGGGUGACAACAUUUUGCUUACAUAAUGCUUUCUACUCUUCAUUACAUGACACAAUCAAGGAAAGGAUUACAACUGAGGGCUGUGAAAAUCUUCACCAGACAUCGACUUGUUAACCAUUUGAAGCUAAUGGGCUAGCCUAAUUUCUGCCUAAGCUUUUUGCAGACCAUUCCCUUUGGCGUUUCUGCUUUUGGGCAAUUCUCAGUCAGGGAGGAAAGAAGGCCUCCUGGUCCUUACAGCACUUGCUCUGGACACCAGCUGUUUGGUGUUUCUUGAAACACUAAUACAGGGAGGCAGCAACAGCAGAGAGAUGGUUAUUUACUCCCUGGGUAUAUCUUCUCAAGUUCUGGUGUGCUACUGCUGCUUCCAAGGAUUGCUGGACUUUUCUGCCCCCAUGACUCAACUAUUGAUAGAUUUGUUGCUCUAUUAAUAAUAUCAACCACAUUGCACUGCUUUAAUGGAACAGAUCACAACUUACUUUCUGGUUCUAGUGAAACCUUAAUUGCAUCGCCAGUGGAGAGGUUUUUUGCUGGAUAAUUGACUGCUAAAAGGUUAUAAUAAUUCAAAUGUGUUUCAGGGCUCUGUCUGCAUUAUAAGCUAUGACCUUAGCUACAUUCUGUCACACAAAAAUCACGUGUGCUUAAAUAUUUUUGCACACACACACCCCACAGCCCCACACACUUUAAAUCCACAGCCUUUUACAUAUGUACUUAUGUGAUUACCUCUAGGUGUUGUAGGAUUACACCUCCCAUCAUCCUUGACCAUUGGCCAUGUUGCUUGAGUUUAAUGGGAAUUGGAGUCCAGAAGCAUCUGAAUGAUACCACAUUGCCUACUCAUGGUGGUAUUAUUUUCUUGGCUCUUAAAAUUUCACGGAUCGAGGUUAAUAUUACCCAUGGCUUCUUCAGGACAGUGUACUACACGAUUCCUGGCCCAUCCUUAAGUCUGCUCUGCAGUGCACAAGAAGACAGAUGAACAUGUUCAGCCGCCACCUCCUUUUGUCCUUUUGGACUACCGUACACCUUUCCAUCUUGCUAGCAGUCUUGACAGCUGCUGAAGAUGUCACGAACAGCACUUUAAACCACACUCAUAUGCUCUUAGGAUCUGUGCCUGUGGUCGUCUCCAGAAUUGAUCACAUUAUAGUCAAGGAAGGUUACAGUGCCUUGAUUGACUGCAACGUUCAAGGUCAUCCGGGGCCAGAUUACAAGUGGUACAACUCCAACGGCCAUUUGCUGAAGGAAGAUGGGAAUACAGCAGGGAAAUGGAUUUUUGACAACGGGCAAUUGAACAUUACUAGUGUGUCAUUUGAGGAUCGAGGAAAAUACACGUGUGUCGCUUCUAACAUCUAUGGCCAAGCAAAUAACACAGUGACUCUGAGGGUUGUCUUUACCUCUGGAGAUAUGGGGGUCUACUACAUGAUUGUAUGUCUUGUAGCAUUUACCAUUGUCUUGAUCUUAAACAUCACUCGGCUGUGCAUGAUGAGCAGCCACCUAAAGAAGACCGAGAAAGCCAUCAACGAUUUCUUUCGGACGGAAGGGGCAGAAAAGCUGCAGAAAGCUUUUGAGAUUGCGAAACGCAUCCCAAUCAUCACAUCGGCAAAGACCCUUGAGCUUGCCAAAGUCACACAGUUCAAGACCAUGGAGUUUGCCCGCUACAUUGAAGAGCUGGCUAGGAGUGUCCCACUGCCCCCUCUCAUCAUGAACUGCAAGACUAUAAUGGGAGAAAUCAUGGAGGUGGUGGGGCUAGAGGAGCAGGGCCAUAACUCUGUAAGGCAGUCAGCUGAAGGACAAGAGACUGCUGAGACGGAAGAGAUGUACAUGAUUCCCAACUCCAUAAAGCGUAGCAACUCUCUCACCGCUGACUCAGAUGCUUCCUCUCUGCACGAACCACCGCUGAAGAUUGCGAUAAAAGUGUCGGUCCACCCGUUGGCUAAAAAGGACUGGGUGGAUGACCAGUCACAUGGCAGUAUACAAUUGGAAAUUAAAAAGGAGAAGGAAGAGGAAGAAAUUGUCCAAGCGCCAGAAGAACCUCCUGAGCCGGCCUCAGAGCCUUCCAGUGAACCAAACACUCCUGAGACAACUCCGGGAAGCAACAUGGACACAAGCACUGUUUAUGAAAGCCAUGUAUGACACAAUCUUCAAAUCUAUGCAUAGCAAGAAUAUUAGGUGAAGCACUCUUUAAAAAUAAAAAAAGGAUAAUGUUUUGUCAAUAAGCCUUACCUAAAGACUAUCAUAGCAAAAGCCUGCAUGUGUGGAUUACUGGGCCCUUUCUUCCUGAGGGUCGAACCAGACAUUACGGCGGAAAGCACACCGUACGUUUAAAGCGCAUUUCCACCACAACCUCCAAAAAAGAAUGCUGAGAAGUGAAUUUUACCCCUUGUAGCUCCAAUUCCCCACACUCUCUAAACAAACUACAGUUCCCUGGAUUCUUGGAGGGGGUUACUUUAAAUGUAUGGUAUGUACCCACUUAGCAGGACUAGCAAUCACACCUGGUUGUGUGUUGUUGUUUUUUAAUUUAAAUACCACACAUGGGAUUCUCCACUUUUCGACUUGGUUUGGGAGCCUAGGGGGUUUGUGGAACCCAGGAGAUUUAACCUUUUCUCUCCAGCCACAACCCCAACGAACCUCUUCCCUACACUCUGCAUGUGCAGCAGUUGGCAUUUAGCAGCAAAAGUUUCCAUUGCUGAAAAAUAGUGGUCCCACCACACAUCUGAUGAGGAAAGGGGAAGCCCUGAUGUAGCUGCUGGUUGUGCUAUGAAAGUCUGGCUUGGCCCUUAGUUUAGUCAGGAGGUUUGUGAAGGAAUAAUUGCUAUUACACUAAUAUGAAUUGCAUUUUAAUGUUCAGGAGAUUUUUUUUUAAAAAAAAUUCACAAAAUAUUUACCUCAGAAGAGUUUGGAUCAGCGUUGCUUGCAAUGGGUACUUGGAAACCAUGUCUAGUGCUUGGAAACAGGACUUAUAAGCCUGGGUCCCCGAAGACCCUUGACUUCGGAGCAGGGCUGCUGAAGUCAACGGAACUAUUGUUUUGUUCUACUGUUGAAAUGUUUCUCAGUUUAUGUAACACGGCAAAGAUGUUCUCUCGCCCCCAACCGCCUGCCUUGCCGCUUUCUGCUCUGUGAAUUGGUCCCUUACGUGUCUCUUGUGACUUUGCUCCCACAAUUUUGUAGUGCUGUUCAAGAGGGAGCAUUUCCCUAGCCAAAUGAAAAUCUAUGUGGGAUGCCAUUUACUAGCGCUUUGUAGCAAGCAAGAAGAAGGUCAGAUGAAUUUACUUCAUUUGAAAGCAGGCCAUUUGUAUUUAGAGCAUGUGGAGUGGGGGAGGGUGGAGCGGGGGAAAUGCCCUCCUUCUUUUGCUCCUCUGGAAGAAAGAGCCCAACAAAUGUUGCUCCAAGGGGAGGAUACACUAAGCCACUUGUUACCGUUGGAAGAGGGCUAUUUGUCUCCAGCUAGAAAGCUUUAUACAAACAAGGAGUGCAGUCUGGAGCACAGUUGCCCACUCCCCCAGCUAUGAUGGCCACAUGCAAAGGAGAACAGGGCCCCUUAUGUAAGAGAGGAAGUACUACAGGUGAUGUUGGUCAUGAAGGAACUAGAGGAUCUCCACACAUCAACAUCCCCUUCUUCUGCACCACUGCUAAAGGAAUGUGCAGCCCUGUCCUCUUUUGCAUCUCGUCACCCUAACACAGUUCAGCUUCUUCCAAGUGUUGUUGUUGGACUGCAUGUCCCAUCAGACCCAGCCAGCCUUACCAGUUGUCAAGGACGAUGGGAGUUGUAGUCCAACAACAUCAGGUUGAGGGAGGCUGCCCUAAUCUAUGCACAAUACUGUUGAAUUGUAAUGAAAUGUGAAUGCAGGUCACUGUGUAGUUUGUUACCAGCAUGGGGACAGCACUUGCAAAUCUAUGAUUUGGAGGGGGAUUUAGCUAUUUGCUCAGAUGUUUGGAAAGAAGCCAUUAGACCUCUGUGAAGUCAAUGAAUGUAAAUCUACACUGGCAUUUAUGGGCAGCCUGGUAUUGGGCAAGUCUUGAACUGAAGGAUAACUUGACUGCAUAAAUUAUGUGAACGUAUUGAAGGAUGCAGGAUGUAACAAUCAUAGUGAUCUGGUUUAUAUCUUAUUAGAUAUAAUGUAGGUCAACAGGCGCCAAUCACUGUGGUACAGAUGGUCAACUUAGCAUAGCUCCAGCAGAUUCUACUUCCCAGACGUCACCAAGAAGCAUAUAGUUUUCCUAAAAGAUCAACUCUUGGAUAGCCAGAGAGUCAUUAUGUAUGUACGUUAAUAGACAGGCUGUGCUAAGGAAGACAGCCGUACAUUAAAUGUUCACAUGAAAUGUCUUCUGAUCUCACUGAGGCUCCUUUUAGGAAUCUCAUAAGAGACCUACUGGAUCCAACACUACUGGAUCAGAUGCAAAGGGGGGAAUUCUGUGUGGAUGAGUGAUACUAGCUCCACCUCCUGUUGUUAUGGUCACUCUCCGUGAGAUGAGUGGAGACUGUCCUCCUGUACUUGUGAAUUCUCCCUGCACAUUUUAGAACACUGAGGGAUUCUUAAAUCUGCAAGGAGCCUCCACAAGUACAGGGCAGCAGUGUGGGUGUGC